AUUUUAAUAUUCACUAUUAUCAAUGUUAUAAGGAGAAAGUCGUAAAUAUUUUGGACUUUUCUCAGGAAGCGAAGCACUGAAAAAUAUUAUUUGGAAAAUUUGACGCAAUCGAUGCUCGCGCUAAAGAACCUAUGACUCAACAAACGGAUCUGUACUUCUUCGAUCAAUGUUUCAGACGUCGAAAAUACAAGCGCCAUCGAAAACCUCAAGAGCUGUUGCCGUUUUCAUUACGGCUCACGGGACUUAGUGGAGCUGUUAAAGUCGAAGCCUAUCUUAAACAACAACAACAAAAAGCUGGAGAGGGAAAAGAAGGUUAUAAUAAGGUUUCUGUGGCCGAGAAAGACAAUGAAGCCGAGUCGCCAUCUCGUGCAGGCCUGAUUCGUAAGGAUCAAGAUGUUGAUUUUGAAGGUGUAAAAAAAUUUCACGGUGGAAAACCGUUUAACUUACCGGAUAUUGCAGCUCGUGGUGUUCAUUCACCACCAGCCAUAAGGAGCUAUGAGCAGUUAGAGGGAGACGACGAGGAGGAGGAUACACAGAGGUUCUUGUUCGAGGAAAAUAAAUUCGCGGCUCCGAAUCUGUUAGCGCAACUUGGACGAUUAAUUGAUCACAUACACGAGGUACAGUUGGAAGAAUUAGAAGAGGUUCAGUCUAGUAGUGGUCACUUUAAUAGCAGAUCUGCGACACCCGUGCCGGAGGAAGAACAAAGUUUAAUCUCUGAAACUAUUCGCAGUGGAGGCGUCUUUAUCCCGCUACCAGACGAUUUGCAUAAGAAGCUUCGAGGAAACUUCGAAGAACUAUCCGCCAAUGUUGUGUAUGUUCGCCGAGAAUGGCAAACUACAAGUUAUAGAGAGCAGGCACUUUUAAAGAAACGAUUGGGUAUCAUGAGUGACUCGCAAACGAAUGUAGAUGUGGCUAAGAGUCCUGAUAAAAGUACAAUAUCAGGAGAGCAAAUCAAAACAAAUGAUGAUAUUAAGGCAUCUGCAGCUAAAGGAUCCGAGUCAAAAGAUUUCACUAAACGAAAACAAUCAACUGUCGGUGAGUCUACUUCAAAGAUCGAUUCUACCGAUGAUCACAGGAGAGAAUCGCUUCUUGGUGUAAAUACUCCAGACCUUAGUACGAGUCAUACUGAGUUUCCAAGCCGUCGUGAAUCAUCUUCGCGACUUUCGUUCAUUACAAGCCGUCCUAAGACUCGGUUAGAGAGGUUCAAGGUAUUUACGGAUAAGGUUUCAUCUGGUAAGUGAUAAUUUCACUUGUGUAUUGUUUAAUUUACCCUUCUCUAAAAAGUCAAAAAAUAUUUUGACUACGAUACGAACAGAGCUGGUAAAUUUCAAUGCAAUGUUUACGAAAUUUACAUGACUUUAAUAACAUCUUUGCAGCUGCAAAGCAUUUGAAUGACUUCCUGUCACGAUUUCCCGCGAAAAUUAAGUCAAUUAUUUAAUUUUAUUAUUUGCUAUGUGCCACUGUCGCGGACCGUUAUUUAAUGAACGAAAAAUCGGGCUAUUUAAUCCUUUUCUUCAUUGUUAGCACUGAAAGAUUUAUUUUUCAUAUAAUAUCUUCAGAGAAAAGAAGAACUGCAAGUGGAAGUCACUUUGACGAGGAUGAAGAAAAUCAAAAAGAUUUAUCAGAUGGUGAGUGGAAAAAAAGUUUUAUUAGCUUGCGGUGAGUGGAAUAUGCACUGUGUACACAUUAGCAACUAGCAAGCGACGACCAGAAAUACGUCUGCUGUUUGCAGGCUAACUAGCAACUGGCUGAUAAAUUAAUUAUUGUUUACAUUUGUUUUGUUUCAGUUCAUUCUGGUCAUGGUACCUCAGGGCAGCCAACUGUUAUUAACUUCUCUCUUCUCUCAAAAACCUGUGAGGAAAAAGGUAACACUAACAUUAAUUUAAACUUGUAUAUAUUUUUGAGAAAAAUUAAGUGUUUCAUGAGAAGAAAUACAGAAAAUGUACUUGAUCUAUAAUUAAUAAUUAUAAUAAUAAUAAUUAUUAUUAUUAUUAUUAUUGUUGUUAUUUAACCAUUUGCCUUGUUAAUGUUGUAUUUGACAGGUUGGAUUUUGCAUCAAGAUAGUGCAAGCGACCUUGAAAGACAAACGUUGUUAGAAUGGGCGCGAGCUAGGCUACAGCAAGCUAUAAGAGAAAAGUAAGAUUCCUAUAAAUAAUGUAUUGGAUUAUACCAGCUCUGACACAGUGCAUGCCAUGUUAAUUUACAAGUGUAACUUGUACACAAAUGCUGAUUAGCUUUGGCGUUCUUUUGCUUUCAUUUGACUGUUCAUAAUCAAGUGUUACCCAGGCUCCAAUUUUAAUAAAUUUUCUUAAAAAAAGGAUUUUGUUACAGGAUCAGAGUAAAACCCAUCAGUGUUAUUGUAAAUAUUACCAUUUACAUCAUCAUCAUCAUCAUUACUAUUAUCAUCAUUAGUACAUUAUUAUUAUAAUCACUAUUAUUAUUAUUAUUGAAACUUAUUAUGAUUACAGUUGAACCUCUCCACAAUGGCCAUCUUGGGGAGCGAAGAAAGUGGCCGUUCAAAAGAGGAUUGAUGUAUGGAUCGCCCACCAAAUAAAAUGGUCAUUUUGGAGAGGUGGCCCUUAGUGGAAGUUUUACUGCAUGUUAUUUUUAUUAGUAUAAUUUACUAUUGUUAAUUUUAUCACUGCUUUUCUUAUAACUUUUUACAGGGAAGAGAUGAACGAGAAAGCAAAGGAACUUGGUGUAGAUGGCCCUCUAGUUACUAAAUACUAUGGAGACACUCAGAGGGAAGCUGCUAUGAAGUACAAGAAGGGUGUGUCAUGGGCCAAAAGGUGGAAGAACCUCUCAGAUGAGGACAAGAGACCAAAGUUUCUCACCAGCUUACCAGAUGGCACCUCUUAUUGCUAGUAUCUUUUAUAAAGUACUAAAACUCUACUGGUAUCAUAUCCCUCUUUGUAACCAGACCUUGGUCAGUGGGGGAAAUAUUUUUCCUUUUCCUUUGUCUAGGGAGAGUUUUCUUAGAGCUUAGAAAUUAAAGGCCGGAAACCCUCCAGUCUGUUCUUUUCUCUAAGAAUUCACAAGAUCUUUCCCAAGUUUCAUCAAAGACUAUGUCCCUUCCUGUGAUUUUAGUAGGCAGAUUUAGCAAAGACAAUGCUAUAUUUUAAAUGAGAUCACAAAAGAACCUGGUGAACUCAACUUCCAGUGUUCAAUUCGCUGCUCUGUACAGUCACCAUUAUCAUUGUCGUUGCAUUGUCUUUGCUUAAUCUGCCUAAUGAGGCACUCAGUAAUAUCCUUGUUACUGUAUUUGUUGUCACCAUGUUGUUAUAAUUCAAAGUUUUGUAUUCUUUAACACAACUGUCUUCAGCUACCCUUCUGGCCGAGUGGCUAUAUGUGCCAUAUACCCUGGUCCUAAUAUUGCUGGGAGGUACACUAUAGUGUAUGGAGACUCUGUUGACAAUCCAAUGUUAGCAAUUUUUGUUCCAGCAGGACAAGGCUGCUGUUUCCACAAGAAUGGAAGCAUUAGGUAAUAAGGAUAUUGGGUGAUUAAUUCCCUGAUGAAUCUGGCUUUUAAGAGUUAGACAGUCUCACACCUUUGAACCUGACUGUGUUUCAUCUUCUUUGAUAGAUUUGUUUCAACCACUAAAUUUGGAGCUGUCAUGGAGGAUGUAAGUAGAAGUAGAAUUUUUACCUUUUCACAGUUUUCUUUUGUGUUCAUGUGUUUUCCCAGCAAACAGAGAUCUUCAGUAUGUAUGAGAUGCUUUAUAUUCCUUGGAUUCAGUCUGGCUGAUUUUAUAGACUGUACUUCAUACAUAGUCAAUACAUACUUCAUACUCAAAGCCAGCUGAGUACAAAUUUACUCCAACCAAGGGGAGACUGAGUAUAUCUCAGCUUCCAAUACUAAAAAGUAUUGGAGGUGAUGGUGAAACCCGCCUUUCUUGGUUACACAAUUUAUUCUCUCUUGACUUCCACCCUUCCAUCGUUAUCAUUUUAUGCUCUACCUGUCCCCCCGAGAUUCUUGAGGUUUUUCAAAUGUAUCUUCUAAUAUUUUUGAUAAUGCACUGUUAAUUGUGUUCAGGAUGGCAAAGUGGAACAGAAGUGGAAAUGGCCUCUUGGAAGACUUCAAACAACUAUUGUAGUACAGGUAAGCACCCCAUAUAAUUAUCAUGAACUACUGAGAGGUGCUUUUAUGAAACAGCCAUUGAUAACUGCUGUCUAUUUUGCCUCUAAUUCAAAUUUCUUAAAGUAAUCUCUGCUGUGACAUCAGUAAGCUUUUACUUAAAGGAAACUUGGUUUUGUAAAAAUGAUGUGAAUAUUUUUGGAUCAAAUGGCUGAAAUCUUACAAUGCUGAUUUGUGGUGAGUUGCCUUAAGUGUUAACCACCAGUCAGACUACCCUGACUUAUUUUCUGAUAAAGCUAGAUUCUGUGAGUUAGCAAUUUGAAGAAAGAAACAUUGCUUAAUAAUCUCACUUCCUUCUUACACAAUGACCACAAGAAAUUAAACUCUGAUUAUGAUGAGACUGAUUCUCUGUUUUCUUACAGCUGAAUAACUUCAUAUCUCUCCGUUGCGUCAGCCAAAUCGGGAUAACACUGUACUUCAACUGUCAGAAUGAGACAACUAAGUUUCCUGUUGGAAUGGCACAAGGAGCAAAACCAGUUAAACUAACAGAGUUGGUAAGUUUAUAUAGGCGUGGUAUAGGCGUGGUCAGUGUUGUCCCAACAGGAUCAGCAGCGUCACUUGAAGUCUGCAUGUAAGCAUUAAAGUACUUACAGCUCAAAUGGGUCCUUUGCACAAAACGGUCACAUGGUACAAAAGCACCUUGCUGGAGGGCAAACAAUACAGUCGGGCUUUGAAAAGAACAGCCUGUAUACAGACGCCCCCCCCCCCCCUCCUCCCCUCAGAAAAAAUCUGAGGGGAGGGGGGCGUCUGUACACAGGCUAGAAAAGAAAGGAUAAUAGCUUUUUGAAUGUUGUAAUCUCUUUGUUUUACUUUCCACACUGCUUUUCGUUUACCUUCUAGCAAGUUGUUUUUGUUUCAUGUGACCUUUUCGUGCAAACCAGAUUCAAUCUCGCUGUUACCCAGUGAACUGGACAAGGACGCAGGCUUAGACGCGCAUAAAGUAACUGAGUUACAGACGUGUCAUCAGUUUGAUCACCCAAACAGAAUAUCAUAGGUACUGAUAACGAAACAUUGAAAAAACGCUCGAACUGGAUAUAGUGGCUAGCGUAACAUCACUUAUUCAAAACGCGUCAUACGAGGAAGAAAAAUUUCAUUGAAGUUUCUUUGUAAGCCACUUGAACUUUCAUCAGUUUUCCUGAUAAGAAGCCCAAGAUACAAGUCCCAGCUGUUUGGUUUCUAUUUGUACAAUUAAUCUUUGUUUUUGUUUUUUUUUUGGUACGUUGUAUUUCAGGGUUAUCUCCAGACAUCUACGAAAUUUUCUUCAAAUGCAGCGCUACAGGUAAAUAGUCUAGUUUGUUAACGUUUUAACAUUAUUCUAACGUGUAUAAUUCCCUGUUUCACUGUUAGUAAAUGGGUUGCAACACAUCUGAUUAAAUCCAAGUGAUUUUUGUUCUUUGUAUUUUAAGUCAAUGAAGCCAAAAGUGAAGAAACGAGAAGAGAAGAGAAGGCGGCGGACGCAGGUGGGUUUAUUACUAUUAUUUUUUGUCGAAAAUAAACAUUGUUUCACUGGUGCACGGGUUUAAGGUUGUGAAAUUUGGAGCUAUUCAAUCUCAUAUAACAUUUUUCUCGUAAGUCAUGCUUCAAUUGGUCUAAUGUAUUUUCGAUACUUUUAAUAAAUUACUCCUUUCUCCUUCCUCUUUUGUCAGUACUUGCGUCUGCUUUCUAACACACGUAGAAAGGGGAUUCGUGGCGAGAUUUGUGUGAUCAUAAAUUUCAACCCUCCGACAUCAAGAUCAAAGCUUCGUUCUUUCCCACUGUUUACUACUGAACCCUUUUCACUCAUUGUGUGUGUCUGAACCGUUACUGACUCUAUUAUAUCCAACAGAAACUGAAACAUAUAGAAACCAUUUCUGAGGAGUUGCUUGAACAGCGCCUACAGGAGUUAGAGGAGAAAUUUCCUGAGAGAAAAGAGUUGGAUUUGGAUGCGCCGUGGCAGAUGGAUCUUUUAAAACUGCAACGUAAAGUCAAGUAAGAAAAAGAUUAAAAACAAAGUCACCCUUAAAGAAUUGGCUUGGGGUUUUGAUCCAGGACAACUUAUACUACAAAACACUUUUCUUUCAGGGGUUUGAUCUAUGACUGGAUGGAACAUUACCGAGUCGCUGUCGGUAUAUCUCCCCCUUUCCGCAUCUCGUCUCGUGCUAAGCGUCGCUCCAAGUCUCACUCUGCUCGAUCCAUGCCCGGGGCCCUUCCUUCCGCGGUCCAGGCAGCAAAGAGCACUUUUCGGCGAUCUCCGUCGGCCCCUCCUGUGUCUCAUCGUCAGGGAACAUCUCGGGACCGUCCAAGUGUACAGUUUGGUAUUCGUCCGCAUAGCUCCGCGGAGAAAGCAAAGAUUGGAGUAAGAGGAGAAGAUAUCAACGGUAUUACAAUUGAAGUACCCACUGGUGAGAUGCUGGGAUCAAGAAUUGCUAGUAAAGCCACCUCAGCAAUAUCUGGGUGAGUACUUUAGUGUUUCAUGUCGCGUUUUAAGCCCAGGGGAGACUCCGCAUAUGAAAGGGGUGGGGAUGCUCGUGGGAAAUUUUGAAUUAAACCCCUAAAGGAGAGCGACCUGGGCGUGGCCCAAGCGUUUUUUGACCCCUAAAAGAGACGAAAAAAAUAUACAUAUCAAAUGUGUAUUUUUAUAUUUUUUCCCGUGCAACCUUGAACGAGACCUUCACGGCUAAAUAUGAUGGCGUUUUGUCCAGAACACCCUAAGUGAGACCAAAGUCCGAAAUUUACACCCCUAAGCGAGACGACGAGUAUCCCCACCCAUUUCACCACCCCCGGGGGGUUUUAAGGCUCUUCUACAUGAGGUUCAACUUCGCAGUACAUGGAUACGCAGCUUUUAGAACUAUUGACUGACCUGCAUGAUAUGCUCUGAGAUAAUAAAUCAGGUGGAAAUGUGCUCUGAGUUUGAUUAAAGGACGGAAGCAGAAAAAGGCUUGCUUAAAUUUGUUUAGAGAACCGGUAAAGUGCAAAGAUGAGAUCUUUAGCUUAUUUUGCCAUUUACUGACCGUCAUAUGUUGUCCUUUUGAACGUUCUUUGGAUUUAUCAUGAAGAAGGGCGAGUGCUUGAAAUGCCAGCUUUUCAAUCUUUUUAACCUGGUAAAUUGACUUCAUCAGUAGCCUGAAUUUAAGACAUAUCUUCGAGUCGUACAUGAGGGUGUACGCGACUCGAAGAUAUGUCUGAAAUUCAGGCUACUUCAUCAGCUCAGUUGAUUAAACCAUUUAUUUUUCUCCUAGCUAUAGUCCAACAGUGGCCAACUCACGGACACCAUUCCGCUGUGGGGUGAUACAGCAGGCACGUGCUUCCACGCCUCCCAGGUGUGGUUGCCCUGUGUAUCCUUUAAUAAAUCAAUAAUUUGUUGCUGUUGUCGUUUUUGUCCUUCUUGAGGUUUAGUCAAGCUCAACAAUACAUCGGGCCUCACAGAUCGCCCUUUCGAUCUUGUGCUUUCGCCACAAGACUGCCGCGUGCGUUAUUCUGGGUACCAGAAGUUUUUCCUCGCGUGCCGCUGGAUGCUUCGCUGCCGGCCGGAGACCGACAGAUCUCGGGCUGGCGGCCGAAAUCACGAGCGGGUCCCCAUAAAGACUUGACCGCAACCGGAAACCGCCCAUGAAAGUAUCUGACACUUAGGUUAGUCGUGCGUUGAAUUGUAUGAAUUUGAGUUCUACUCCAUGAUCUCUUUGUUACCCUGCCUUAACCUGGUGUUCAGCGCUCUGAGAGCUGAGAUGAGGGGAGAAAAGGAUCCUCAAUGCAGGUAAGGUAUCUCAAACCAGAUCGAGUCAUUGUGAAAAAUUUUACCUCUAUUAUUAGUAAAUCUGUUCCACUAGAAUCUUCUUUACGCGAGAUCACGCAUUGUACUUGAUAUCGCAGUGGACAUGUGACACGUUAAAUUGCCUAUUUAAUCAACCUCGUCCCCAGGACUUUUUUGUUAAAAAAUGGUUGGGACCCACCCAUUUUUUAAGGGACAAGCCCUGGGACGAGGUUACUAUUUAGUGUCCCUUGCCAUAGAAAAAUAUUUCUUGAUAGCUUCACGAUUUAAUUUUCUUUUCACCGUCAAAUUGUAACCGUGCGCUCUCAUUUUCUCGCAGAUGUGAUCGUCGUAAAAUCCCGCUUGUCACGGACCUAGAAUACGAUGCAUUUAUUACCGACCAUGUUCCUCGCACGCAGCUCCUCGUGGUCAGCGUCACUUCAUCACUGUAAGAAUUGUUAAAUUAACGAGCAGGAUGACACCCGGGCUUAGAUUGCAUCUCCCACGCGGCAUCGCAGUGAUUUCGAUGCUGCACUACUCUCAGUAUAAAGUUUUACCGGCGACUUUCAUUUAUACAUGUUCUUUGGUUAUUCUCGAGGUAUAUUUAUAUCCUCUUUGUUGUUUUCCCAGCUAUCCUGAUGCAAACCCCUGUGACAGUAUGCUGGAUCAACUAUUUCAUGAAAAGAACCGCAAUCGAUCUCUGCCUUGUGUUCAGGUAAUCAUAUAUUAAGACAUUAGUGUUUAAAAUUGCUCUUGAUGUCUUAAUGACAUCAGGGGAAGGAACUGCUAUACUUAAAGAGAGCUUUUCCGCUUUUUAUCAACAGGCCCAAAAUGAUCCAUUCCGCUUGGUGCGUUACGACAUCUCCUCAGCAUCACUUGGAUGUGGUGAUCAGUCCCAGCCCCUACUCCUCAGAAGACAUAACGCUGUACCAGGACUGUUUUUAGUAAGUAGUGAACGACAUGAUUUUAGUUAAGCAAGGUAGAAGAAGUUGAAAGAGCCUUGAGGAUGUGAAACGAGCAUACCACACAAAUCCGAAAAAACGCCCUUUCUGUCGUAAUUAACCCCGGCCUCUAUGAAGUUUGCAUUACAGUUUGCCGACACAGUUCCGGACUGCAAGCGCCACUGACUGUAUUCAUUUUGGCGAGAGUUAUUACCUGGUGCACUGUUAAUUGCUUGGUGUGCUUGUUUCUUUUGCAGAUGUACACCGGGGGUAGGCUUCUGUUUGCUGAUCAUAUAUUCAACGGCUAUGGAAAUGCUAAGAAAGAUUUUCUCAAACAGGUAUGACUACCAUGUUAUUAAAAAAAGUAAUGCGUUAGAGCGCCACCAAUUCAAGAUAUCCUAUUUUAUCUUACAGCUGCUAAAUGUUGGUUGUUCUGGAGUGUGAUCCUUUGACGACUUGCGUAGUACUCGAUUUCAAGUAUGUAAUCUGUCAUUAUUGUUUUAUUGUAGAUCAUGAGGUCAAGAAAAGACGCUUUGGAAGGAAAAUCUCUCCCAUCAGACUUCCGCCUGAGCCCUACGCGCGGUCGAUCCGGACCGAGAGCAGCCUGGGGUGGAGAAAUAGGUGGUGUGAAGAUCACACAGCGUGCAUUACCCAAAAGUCCACUAGUAGGUGAAGUUGAAGUCUUUCAGAGUGGUACAAGACUCGAUUCUGCCAAUACUGUUGGGUCUCUAAGCUCUGCUUCGAUUGAAAUCAGGUGAGGUUAAUGGCCUGCUUUCGCUCAUCUUCUAUAAUGCACCGUGUCUCCCCCACCCCCUUCAAAAAAUUUUCCAUCGUCCUCAAUUUCUCUUGGACGAUUGUAAUACCCAGGAAAAAUGAAAAACAAACGUUAUGAAAAAUUCGGGGAAGUGGGGGGAGGUAAGCAAGGUGUAUAAUGGGAAAUGUGCAAAUGGCCAAUUCAAAAAGCAACGUUGGUGUGGCUGUUGGCGCAAAUGUACGCAGGAAUCCGCGCUCGUACAGGACGCGGUUAUGCACAGUAACAUGUGCAAUAAGUGUAGGGAUGUUUCCUCAUUGUUUGUGGCAGUCAGACAUAACAUGAAAGUGCUAGAAAACGCUUCAAACGCAGAUACCCACUAAAGUUCUUUUACUAAUAGUACUGAUCCUUUUCUUGUAGGGGUGGUAGUAGUUCUGCUGCGAGUUUUGUUAAUCUUGGUUUGUCAAUUGACUCUCCAUUUCCUAUGCACACAAGAAAAUGGGUGGCAUCGAACGAGACAAUUCCCGAGCAUCGGAGAGUGCAAACAUCGGCGUGGUAACGAGGGCUGACAGAACGAAAAUUUAAAGAAAUAAAUAAAAAUUUAAAGAGAAAGAUAAAGAUAAAGAAAAUUAAAUCUUAUUUAUGUCUGCUAGACGUGGACUAUUGCAAUAAAGAGAAAGAUAUUUUCUUCUUGUAUUUAAAUCAAAAGAAUUUUCUUCGUUUUUUAGCUUUCUUUUUUUGAAAUCAAAAAAGUGUUUAAAUCAAACUCUUUGCCGACUGAACAGGCAGAGAAACCUUUUUUAUCACGUGACACCCUUCAAUAUCUGUAAUAUAUUUAUAAAACUACAAUAAAGUAGAUUGUUUUCUUGAUAAGCGUGAUGCGUCUUUAAUACUCAGAAAAAAGAAGGGUUUCAGUCGUUGGUUUCCAUUCAAUUACAGUAAACUCUCUCUAAACUGCACACUGCUGGAACCCGCAAAUUGUCUGUCUUGUAGAAAGUCAAACAAAAUUACUGAAGAACGACAGGAACCUUGUUCAGGUGUCCGUCUUAUGGAGAUGUCGCUUAGGUAGAGUUGUCUGUAAAAGCUACUGAAUUUUGGUGCUUUUUAUUAUGUACACUAUGGCUCUACCAUAUUUUGCUUAAAAAAAUCAAUGGCACAAACGCGUUUCAGUUCUCGGUCGUUAUUGGUUAUGAUUUAAAGAGCUAGGUUAGAUUAAAGAACACAUUGUCUAAACAAUAUGUUGAAUUUCUCGAUACCAUUUUAAAAAUGUUGUUUCGGAACCAAGAUGUGAUUGGCUAGUUUAGCAGGUGUGGCAGGUGAAUACCGCCCAAUGUAAACCUGUUGACUUUUCAUGCCCUUCCAUUUCAUUGACGCAUGCGCAAUUUCUCAUUUAGAAAUUAUCUAACCACACAAAUCUUGAAAGGCUAAUUUUGAAAGCCGCUAUGUUUAUCUGUGGAAGGUUUACACAAUCGCAAAGAGUGGGAAAGCGAAGGCAGUGACGCACGAUCGUGAAUGAAGGUUGGCAACUUGAGUAAUAUCAUGUGGUGACUCGUUUUUGUUGUAACCGGUUAACAACCAAGUUCACGUCUAACGCCGCAAAAUAUUUGAUAUGCGAACCUCAGGGUUUUCGUGACAAGCAAGGACAUUUUAAUUUUGGGGAUUCUGCAAUACUUACGGGCCUCUUUGGAAGUUGGCGUAAUAUGUCUAUAGUCAUAUGUUUUCAAGAGCAGAAUGAGAUGAUUCGCAAACGGCUGUCAAAAUGUGUCCUGGGUUUGGUUGUCGUAAACUGUUGUUUCUAUUUCAUUGUUUUUUACUUAAAGUUCGACCCCUUCUCUUUCGGCGAAGGAGAGCUUCCAUUUACAAGGCAGAUGUUACUUGAAAACAAAGCAAGUGAAGGACGAGGGUAAGUAAACAUUAAAAGGAGGGAGAUCAGAAAGUAUCAACCCUUUCUUACGAUUAAUUUCAAAAGGCCAACAGGUCUUUCUUUGUUCAACGUUAUGACACUGGAACAAAACUGACGCUGCAGCAUUCCUAUUUCGACAAUAAAACAUGCUGGACAUGUAGUGGACAUAAUGUACAAUUUAUAACAAAAUUCAUAACACAAAAGCUGAUACUCUUUGGAUAUAUCUUUUUCAAUCCGCAACUUUUUCUUUUAUUCAAAAAUUUCCACGUCCACACGUAUCCGCAUUCACUCUAAUAGGUGGUUUUCAUCCAAUCUCAGGAGACACAAAUAACAAUGGUGAAAUGAACAAAUGCUGGUGGACAAACAAAACGAGCUAAUGAGCGAUCUUUUGUUUACCGUCCACCAGCAUGGCGGCGAUGACGUAACGUGAAAACCACCUAUACCCAGCUAGGCCCAGCUAGACCUGGUUGUUCAAAGCAGGGUCAGUGCGAAAUUUGAUUUCCGAUAUGAAAGCUUGAGAAGCAAAUUCAGUUUUAUUCUUUUUGCCUACAAUUUGAUGAUUGGAUGCUCUAAAAUGUAGAGAGAAAAUUAUCCAGUAAAAUGCUUUUGAACAAAAGCAAAAGAAACCCGGGUUUAAUUUAAACCCUGGGUUAGCGCUAAUCGGCUAUUGAACAACUGGGCACUCCCCUGAUAAUAUGUAGAUUUAGUCAAGGCUAAGAGCUUAGCUUUCUUUAAUAUUUAUAGUUCACUCUAAAUAUAAAAUCAUAAAAUCUUAAAGAAACCGUGAAGACAACGAGAACAGUAAAGAAACAACGACAAUCGGUCUAAUUAGCAAAAAAACAACUUUGCACGUGCAGCCCACUUUUUUCUAAUUAGCAAAAAAACAACUUUGCACGUGCAGCCCACUUUUUUCUAAUUAGCAAAAAAACAACUUUGCACGUGCAGCCUACUUUUUUCUAAUUAGCAAAAAAGCAACUUUGCACGUGCAGCACACUUUUUUCUACUUAGCAAAAAAAAAACUUUGCACGUGUAGCACACUUUUCCUUGCCGUUGCUUUGCAUGAUUAAACGUGAAACUUCCAGAAACUUCCUAGUUACACGUUUUGUGGAGGAAAUGUUGUAUUCCUGUUCACUUUGGUUUUUCACUGCCGCUCAUUUUCACCUUGGUGGCCGCUAGCAUUUCUCAUUUUCACACCGCCGCUAUAAAAUUUUCAUGUUUUUCUUCCAGUUAUAUUGGUCUCAGUUGUUUUUUUUUAUUAUUAUUAUUUCUCGCUCUAGCUCUUUCCCUGUUAUCUACGUUAAUGUAGACAUUAGGAUUUAGUCAAAAGAAAGACUAGUGGCAUUUUGGUUUUGUUUUUCCUUUUUUUUCUCUCCCUCUAAAAGUCCGGGUGGCCAUGCGAUUUACCGCCGAAACGAGAGAGGUGCUUGAAAUGCAAAAUGUUACAUCAGCUUACAUGAAGGGACGGACGAUUACGUCACAACCAAAUUUUCUUAUCCAUGGUGCUCCGCGCGCAAGAGUCCCCCUGAUAUUGGCAACAGAGUACGCGUCGUACGCGUCGCAAAGAGCGUGAAAUUUGCAUCUGGCUCUAAAGAACUGGGCUCAAUCUUAUUAUGUCACCGGCUAAAAAAGUAUCCGGAUUUAGUCGAUUUAGCGUCAAUACGAUCUCGGAUUCAUAGCGCAUUCAAAAAUCUUUACUUUGGAGAGCGGAUUCAAAAAGUUGUAGAUUUGUUUGCCAGAUUCACCGGAUACGUGUAGACGGAAGCCGAAUCAGGAGAGAAAAAGUUGCGGAUUAAAAAAUAGCCGGAUACGAGUGGACGUGGCUUUAGAGAGGUGCCGUUGCCGGAGUGACCAUGUCCUGCGGCGUACGCCUUUAUAAACGAUAGCUCAAAUACUACUUAACAGCAUGCAAAAGCAUGUUAUGAAGAAGGUUUGAUGUAACACCCCCCCAAAUACCCGACUAACGAAAAAUGUGUGAAUUCCCAAACGCGAGAAAUUACGCGCUACAUAGUUUGAACUUUACAGCCUCUUAUUAUAUUAUUUUUUUUAGGUGUUCGCCCAAAAAGAACGUCGUUUUCCUUAAGACGCACAAAACAGGCAGCAGCACGGUAACGAACAUUUUAAACCGGUUUGGAGACAAAAACAAUCUUGUAUUUGUUGUCCCAACUCAAAAAUACAACCGUCUUGGAUGGCCUUGGUUAUUUCAUGAAGAUUAUAUGAUUCACUAUAACCACACUAAACCCAACAUGCUUUGCAGUCAUGCGCGUUAUAACCGCGCAGUCCUGGAGCGGGUGAUGCCAAAUGACACAGUGUAUGUUACCAUCUUACGGGACCCAGUCAAUCAUUUUGAGUCCACUUUCUCAUACAUGGAGUUUAGCGAUAUAUUGGGAAUAUCAAAUGAAACAGAUCCUUUAGAGACGUUCUUCGACAGCCCAAAUGAUGUUUUAGUUAACUAUGUAUUGACCAAGGAUCUGAGAAUAAACAGCGAUCGCUUGAAACUCAUUCGAAAUGGUAUGUUCUUUGACCUGGGAAUGAAAAGUAGUGAUUUCGACGACUCAGCAAAGAUUCAAGCAGCCAUUCAGAGACUCGACAAAGAAUUUGAUCUAGUGCUCUUGACAGAAUAUUUUGAAGAGUCUAUGGUGAUGUUGAAAAACCUUCUUUGCUGGACUACAGAAGACAUGAUACACUUUAACCUUAAUCAAAGGCACCAAUCAGAAAGAAGAAAUAUUUCAUCUCAUCUGGCCAAAAAAAUUCAUCAAUGGAAUAGAGCCGAUACUGCCCUUUAUGAAUAUUUCAGGGACGUGUUUUUGCGGAAGUUAAACGAGGAAGACGAGGAUUUUUUUCGGGAUGUUAAUGAUCUGAAAAUAAACAAUGAAGUUAUGCGUGAUAUCUGUUUGGAGUCAGUCUCAGAAAACGAUGAAAGUUACCAAGAUACCGGUAUAAAGGGAUUUCACGCUCGUCAAAAUCUUACUGAGCCAUUAAAAACAACUUGCGAGAAAAUGACUUGGAAUGAAAUAAGAUACCUAGGUUAUUUUAGGUACAAACAGAAAAGGUUGCUUGCUACCACGAAACAAACAAACACAUUCUGGGAAUAUUUUAAGCACUGGAUUCCUAAGUUGAACUAAAAGAUAAGUUGAAUCCAGCCAACGACAGACCUGAAAGCCUUGUAUAAAAAUUUGCCACUUUAAAAAAUAAAGUAAAGUUAAAAACCUUUCCUAUUUUAUAAAGCAAGUACACAGGUUUUAAUUAAGCUACUUAAAUAAAGUUUCUUUUAAAUAAAUGAUCAAAUGUUAACAAAAUGACGGCAAAUGUUUAAUUCUGUCAGUUAUCAAAGUUUGAUAUGGAAGAGCAUGCGCAGUCGUUCGCCACUUUACCGCCUUUUAAACCUUUUGACAGGGGAACCCCAUCAUAUGACCACCUUGUUUCAAGAACUGUCCUGGUGAGAACCUCAUUUUCCUGCAAAAACCAUUAAUCUUUACGUUUCCAUAUGUUCUCAAACAAUGAAACAUAAAACAUGGCGGUGACCUUAAUGAGCACGAAAACAACUCUGCACGUGCUGCACACUUUCUGAUUACUGUACCUUUCUCUUGCAGUACGUCCUGCAGCAACUACGAAGUGCAAUUCUUCAUUCCAAAGAGGGCAUGAGCACACAGCGACAACAAUUUUUUCUUUCUCUGUUUAACUUGAAAGUGCUCCCUAAAAUCACCUCUACUGAGGAAAAAUCGUUCACCACUCAGCUCUACUCAUAACAAAUUUAGUGAAGUGGAAUAAUUUUAAUGAUGUUUAAACGAACGCAAAGUCAUUUCGUUAUCAACAUUUUCACGUUUUCAUUGUCAUGUUUGGUAAGUUGAAACUUUGACAUUACCUGUUCUGUCGUCAAAAUCCUGCUGAGUUACAAAAUGAACGAAAGAGAGGGUGCUGUUCAUACCCCGAUAUUUCAGAGUCUAAGAGUUUGUCGUUUCAGCUCUUCGAGAUCAGAACCUUUGGACUCUUAUACUUCGUAUUUGUACGAUGGGAUUUUACUGAAUUUGAGCAAAACCAGCGAGAAAUCCCAGUGGAAAAAAUCUCGUAUGCUACAAAUGAAUCCACCUUACCGGAUAGCGGAUAACUUUUAUGCCAGCACGAAAACCAUCCCAGACAGGGCUUUUGUUUACACAUAAGAACGGUGAUUUCAGCGCGAGGCGGCGCCUGGCCGCGCGCUUAUCUCUAAUGUGAAGAAUUACAUAUCGGACAGGUGUUUACGCUACGCCGGACAGCUUUUCGUGUAGGUACGAAAAUCUAUCCGCUAUCGGCUAAGUCAUGCCGUCUUUCCUCAGGGUAUCAGAUAAAGAAACUGUUUCAUCCAAAAUCUCCGAUGUAUAAAAUUUCUAACUGUAAUCGCUUUACUUCUAGUUAUAUUUGUGACAACAUUCUACUUCUGGCUUCAUUCAGUGGCCGCAGAAAAAAGAAGAUAAAAUGUCCAAAAAUAUCAGGAAACCCGCACUGUUAGCCUUUUUUCUUUGCGGUUUUAUAGAUUAUUCUCGACCGGUUUGUAAGGCUAGCGGAGCGAAAAGGCCCCAGGUUAAAUUUCCUGGGAAGUAUUAGUAUAGAGUUUGUCUAUAAUAAUAUUUUAUUAAGAAUUAAAGACGGAACGAAAAGUUCCUUAAAAAGGGGGCUUUUUCUCUGUAACCUUCCCGCCCACCCCGGUGGCUACAAGUGGAAAGUAUUUUCGCGCCAUUUUAGCCCUAGAGUUGGCGCGUGCUAUUUGUGGAUUUUGAUUGGGUAAUAUCUGUCACGUGAAGUUUGAAUUGGUUCAACACUGGGUAAGUAAAAAUGUCGGAACAAACAGGGGAAAAGCGGCGAAGGAACAAUAAGCAGAAAAUAUCACUUUGCUCAACUACUGUUUUUACAACUUUGCUCUUUUCAUUAGUCAACGACUCUUUAGGUUCUUAUUUUAAAGGUAAGCUGGGCUAUUUCUGGACUUUUUGACGCUUUCUGCAUCUGUUCUUUUCAAAACUUAACACAGUUUUAGGUAUGGAUUAGCUGAUCGCUAAAAAAACUAAACUUCUUAAGCGACAAACUGUAAGCUUUUAACCGUAAGCUCAUUGCUAAAAUGCCAAUCCAUCUGUUACUUUUUCGUAUUUAUUUGCAUCUUGCUGAAUAAGAUUAAUGCAUGUUCAGUAAAAGCUGGAAGUAUUUCUACCGUGUAAUAGGGUUUAUGAGUUAAUUUUACCUAAAGUUUCUUGGUUUCGUGUUUUUCAAAAAGAAUUCGGCUUUCUUUAGGUUUUAGACUUGUAUCUUUUGCAUUAGCAUAAGUAUAUUUUGUUAGAACUUAAUGAAGAGAAGUAAGCUUAAUUCCUCCCUAUAAACAAAGUUUGAAUUUUUUUUUUUUUUACCUAAAUCCAAAAUCCCACUUAAAAACAACGGCAUCAGAGUAAAUCCAAGUUAUUCUUAUUUUAUUUUUGAGAGCAGUUCCUCCGUUCAUUUCCUUUGUUUUCAAUUCUACUGGUAUAAUAUAAUUAUUCGUGUCUACCAUCAACCAAAAAGGGCUAUGGGAGUAAAAUAGUUAUUCAACUGAUAACAUCAGUCUUAGGACCCUUCCAAAAGUCCGAACUGGCCGGCCUGACCAGUUAUUUUGAUGAUGAAAUAGGCUUUUUCAAAGAGUUCUUUUUAAAAGAAAACCAUCUCCUUUGUGGAUACUAUUCAGGAUUUGAAUAAUCUGGCUAGAUAUUCUUGAUUAAAAGUGAAAUUCUCAUUACGACCAGAAUGGACUGGCCGGUCAAUUCUGACAAAUAGAAAGCCCUCUUAGAAUAAUUAUUAGGAACAGUUUGCAAUAUUUUGUUUUUUAGGUGCACCACUUAUGAGAAAAGUUGUAGAUUAAACUUACAAUAACUCCACCGAUUGUGCCUCACAACCAGCCAGGACAGUUAACUUGACCUUAGCUUAGACAUGAGGGCUUUAAUCACUCUAUAUAUAAUACUGUGUUAUGUUUUAUAUUUUAAGACUGUCAAGACCCACUAAUCUCAGGUCAUGAGGACAAGUUUUUUUGGUUUACUGCAUCAUCAGUACACUCGAUGUCAGUUCAACCUAAACUGUCUGAUGGAUGGUGUCCUGUUGUCACAGAUGACAAUAGAGAAGAAUACGUAACGGUAAGAUCAACAAAAGUUUAUAGUUAAGUACUAAGUAAUAUUGAUUAUUUUUGACCCAAACAUAUAUGUGUGGGACUUAUCCAACUAACUGACCAUACCACAGAGACAACAACAUAUACUGAUUUGCAUAAAUUCUAUUUUUAGGUUGAUUUUCAGUUCCAAGUGGCUGUGACUGGUGUUGUUACACGAGGAUAUAAGAAUAACUGGGUACAAGAAUACCAGAUGGAGUAUAGUGAUGAUUAUUUUUUCUGGAUGACACUCUGGCCAGUAGAACAUUUUAGCAGGGUAAGUUUGAUUUAGUCUUGGUACAAAUACUUUAUAGCAUGAAAGAUUAGGCUAAGCAAGGUGUAGUCAAAAUCUAUAGGGUGUUCUCAAAAGAGGUAAAUCCCAGGCAAAAAUCAAUUGCAGACGUUUGACUGAUACAAGCACCCGCUAUUACGAGCUCUCGCUAAUGGUACACUAACACGAGGUCCCGCUUACAGAGACCGCUAUAAAGUGAGUUGACCGUAUUGGUAUCCCAAAACCGGGGGGGACUCCGCAUAUGAAAGGGUUGGGGAUGCUCGUCGGAAAUUUUGAAUUAAACCCCUAAAGGAGACCGAUCUGGGCGUGGCCCAAGCUUUUUUUGAUCCCUAAAAGAGACCAUGUUAAAACACAGACGAAUGAGAAAACUUGGAUUAUAGAAUGGAGUAAAUGAAACGAAUUAAAAAUAUACAAUAUCAAAUAUAUAUUUUUAUUUUUUUUCGUGUGCAACCCUAAACGAGACCUUCACAGCUAAAUGAUGAUGGCGUUUUGCCCAGAACACCCUAAAAGAGACCAAAAUCAGAAAUUUACACCCCUAAGCGAGACGACGAGCAUCCCCACCACUUUCAUAUGCGGAGUCCCCCCGGGGCCAAAGCAAUGAAACAGCGGCGGCCAUACUGGCCAUACUGGUGUCCCAAACUAAAAAUAACUUCGUGUUUAGAAAUACAGGAUUGGAUGGAUCACACCUACAACGUAACUAAUCAACGGUGAGCCGCAUCUCACGCUCAUAGUUCUUAUGGCGGCUCGACGUAUAAAGAGUGAUCUGAUCUUCAAAAAAGGUGGAAACGGAACGCUACUCUCACGUACGCUAUCAAGGUUAAACGAGUAGAAAGGAUGUCAAUGAUUGAUUGACAACGGUCUCCAAGAUUUUUUACGCCUUGGAAAACAAUCGGUAUUGCAAAAGUAGAAAUUUGACUAGAAAACCUUCCUUCUUAGUACUAAUAGGUAAUGUAACUGUGAUUACCAAGAUUCCCCCCCCCCACCCCCUCCCCCACCAACGAGGCAUGAGUUUGAAUGCUUCGAGAUCAUAUAGAAAAGAGAAGGAAGAUGCACGAAAAGAUGCAUCGUCGCGCGUCUUAUUGUAAUUAACAGCAACUUAUAUUUUAAUUUUGAGUUUGGUUAAUGAUGUAUGACUCCGGGACAGUUGAACCUCGAUGUAACGAAGGGCGAGCGGAUUGCCAAAAUUAGUUCGCUAUAACGAGGUUCGUUAUUUCAAGGUUCUUUUUCGUAUAUUUUACUAUUACUGGGGUAAAGAAAAUUGUUCGUCAUACCGAGGUUCCACUGUAAGCUGAUUUUUGCCAACAGUUCUCAUCAACAUAAGUUUCAUUUUCCUUUGACAGUUAAUUCUUUGGGGCAACACAGACUCUGAAAGUUUUGUAAUCCACUGGUUUACUCAGCGCUGGAGAGCAAGGUAUUUCAGAAUCAUACCGAAACGGUAUAAUGGCAUGCCGUGUUUGAGGUUUGAACUGUUUGGAUGUGAUGGAGGUUAGUAACGAUUCCUAUGCCGGCCUAGCUACUUGUACAGGAAAUCUAUUGGUUGACCUGAAAAUAAUAUGGCCAGUAUAUUCUUUUGUUAUAUGGGUUUUACCAAAUGGACCCCGGCGGAUAAAUCACAAACUAGUAAACAAGUGGCAUGAAAACCAGCUGCUCUAUCCGCUGAAUUGACUUUUACCAAGUAGAUAGCCGCACUACAUCCACAUUUUGAACAAACAGAGCCAAAAGUCAAUGCUGUUCACCCUUUUUCACAGCAAGACUCGAAACAUGUGAUUUCAUAGACCCUAAUAGUAAAAGACCUUGCUUGACUUGCUUAGUGGCCCUGAAAAAUAUAGCGCUAAAUCAUUGGUUAUUUAUAAAGAUGGUUUGGUAAAAUUUGGUCAUUUCACGUCGCAGUUGUGCAGGGACGACCAUGAAAAUUACAAGUCAGGAGCAGAGUUGUUGCUUUGCUCAUCACACCUAUAGCUUUUUUAUGACGUUUCUGUUGUUUCCAUCGCCGUCUUAGUAGGGACCUUACGAUCCGGCAACGGCGACGUCCAUGAAAACGUUACUGAAAAAUACACUCGGCAUCCUUUCAAACCAGUUCGCGAUUUUGCCAGGUCGCCCUGUUACUUACAAGAAGGGAAUUUAGGUUGGAACUGAAGAGAGGGAACCGCGCCCGAGCCCAGACAGAGAUGGUAGAAUUUAUUAUCUUGCCGUUUCCGUCCUCAAAAAAAAAUUAACAUUUGGUCAUUCCACUUUGUAGUCGUUCUGGGUCGGCAAAGAAAUGUACAAAAAAGCGUGAUUCAAGUGCAGAGUUGCUGUUUUGCUAACUAAACCUAUUGCUUGUUGACGUUGCCGCUGCCGUCGUAGUUUCGUAAGGUCCCUGAUAGGCUGAUUUAGCAACAGAACGGGAACGACAACGGCGCCCGCAAAUCAAACAACUGGCUUGACCAAUGGCAGAGCGACAAAUUGGGCACCGGAAGUCGUCUUUAGUCCUUUCCGCGCGCUUUCCCGUCGUCAACUGACGUUCCCGUCCUGUUGCUAAAUCAGCCUAUUAUCUAAGGAGAACUAACCCUUCCCUUUGAGAGAGAACCAAGAAGAUUUGAUUGAUCUUCAUUCUGAAAGCUAAACUGAGUCACUAUCGUUCUAUUUACCACCAGGUUUGAGACAGGCUAUGGGAUUCAGUGAAGCAAAAUUUGGUCCUAGGAGUAGCAUGAUCCCACCAUCAUUAGGGAAUUUGUGGGAUAUAGGAUACAUUUACAAGGGUAUCGGCCAAAUCCUUGGAUGGUCACCGGAGAAAUCAGGCCAUUGGGUUACCAACUUUUAUGUUUAUCUGGGGGCACUGCACGUGGUCAGUGGAUUUACUAUAGAAAAGUGUACGUUAGUACGUCCUUGUUCGCCAUGGUAUGCGUACUUCGCGACGAAAAACGUUACUCUUGCCAGCCAAACCAAAUUUUCUGACGAAAACUAUGUAUAUGAAGGGCCACGUAAUUGGAUCUGGUAUACUGCCGAAAGUCAGGUAAUUGUGGAAUGUAUUGUUGGGUAGAUAUUGAUAACCACUUAUUCUGAGUAGCUCUGUAAUUUAGCAUUUACAAUUUUAUAUUUACAACUUCGCAGUUAUUGAUGUCACAGUGAGCGUGCAGCCCGUUACUGGAUGUCCUGGGUUCUUAUUCCAAGCUCUAGGCCUGAUGACGAAUAUAGAGAAAGCAUUUCUAGUGAAAUUAAUGUGGAAAAAGUUACUAAAUCCUUUGAUAAUGAUAUUUAAAGUAAACGAGGUUCCGAAUCCUACGAUAAAAAACUUUUUUUUUUACUUACAAUACCUUUACCUCACAUAAAAGACAAAUAAGACAGACUUGGGAGACAACGUUUUACACCAAUUACAGUAUUUAGCCUCACACUAGAAGAAGAAUAAAAGCUGUGUCUGGUUUGUACUUCAGACCAAACUAAACGAAUAAAAUGGACGAUAAAGAAAAAAAUACACUAAUUAUAAUGAUAAUACUUAUGAUAAAAAAGGGGGAAAUUUCUAUGUAACAAAAAUAAAUCUAGGCUGCGAUAUCACAAGAUAAAGGAGAAAACGCUUCAUGCCUUUGCUGAGGGAUAGAAAAAUUAUUAGUAUACACAGGAAGGAAGGCCAUGGAAAUAUUUUGUCGAGUUCCAACACUGAACUUGGACGCCGGCAGCGAGCUCCCUGCAAUCAACCGGGACGAUUUGUCACGGGAUUCACAGCUUAAAUCGCUUGAAAAAAAACUUCCGACUUCAUCACUGUAAAAAAGCUUGUAUAAUAACAAAUUCCCCCACGAUCCUAGGAUUCGAAAACUCAUUUACUUUAAAAUUUUUAGUGUCUUAUUUAUAUAUUAUAUCUUUGUGAUUUUGCUAAAAGAUGCCCGCUAAGGUUUUGCUUGAACACAGGCAUCGCCCGUGUUCAAGCCAGUAUAGUCGGAAAAAAACCAGUGGGCUUGCCGUCUUGCUAGGUGUCAGCUGAGAGGCCACGCCCAGACCUAUCCGUGGGUGGGUGGCUUCCUUGUUUUGAGUGUAAACCAGGGGGAUAGGGAGGGGAGAUUUUGUCACUUCGGUUAGAGUUUUAUGUCAGAAAGCAGUGCAAAGUCAGAGAAUUUUUCCUGUGGCCUAGGCCAGCCAAAUCAAUGCGGUGACUCAUAAUCAUAACACUACUAGCAGAGCUUGGGGGAAGUGAUUGACUAGUCAAAAGCUUCAUGGGUGGGGAGGGUGAGUAAUGACUCCUUGGAGUUGAGCGUCUAGAGACUCAGCACAGGCACCUUGUAUGAAAUCCAGACAGAUAUAUAUAUAUAUAUAUGGAUAUUUCUUAUUUGUUUUCUACCAUUUCAGCGCUAUCCAGUUAUGGAACAAUUGGAAGCAACUGGCCAGAGAUCAUUGACUUACCUCUUUGAACCUGGUUUUGGCAAUGUUAUCACUUUUCAGAUACGUCACUUUGAAAUAUAUCCAUGGACUGACCCGAAACUGGCCGAUCUUUGCCGCGACAUUAGCUACGAUUUUUGUUUUCGAGUGGAGGUUUAUGGAAAAGACUUGGGUUUGUACAUACAUACACUUAAAGCUGUGUGAAAUAAGGAAGAUAUAUAUACUACCUCUAAUCAAUACUAAACACGGCAUUUCAUCGCAAUCUUCUGGAAGAGAAAUGUACUCCAUGGCCUAAUUCCAUUAAGUAAAAAGUUGAAAUGACACUCGUUGAAACUUGUGAAAACUCUACUUUCGUGUCUUUUUUGACUAGAUAUGUUUUUGCUUAUGCAAGCACAACGGUAAUAGUAACAAAAUGUCGAGAACUAAAAUUGUCUAAGUAAAGCAAAACAACAAUUUCACACGUGCAUCAAACGUUUUGGUACAUUUUGUUUCCGUUACUGUACGACUUUGACGUAACUCUCGGAGGUAGACGUAUUCAAAGAAUGAGGCAUAAACACAUUACUACGUUUCUUUUAUUUGUUUGUUUCUUUAUUCUGUUUUUGCUUUCACUCUCUUAACUUGUUCACGCUACCUAAAACUCAAAGGGUUAUUCGAACGCAUUUGACAAAUAUUGAACACUUUUCCCCAAACUGUGUUUCGCACAUUUUUUAUGUCCUUCUAAAAGUUAUUGCUAUCCUUUUCUUUUCAGAAUGUAAAGCGCCUCUUGGGGUGGAGCGGAGCAAUAUUCAUCCGCAUGGUGCAGUUCAAGAUGACCAAAUGACUGCAACAUCAUUUGAUAUAAAGCAUCCUGCACACUAUGGUCGACGUGAUGAUUAUCUAGGAUGGUGUCCUAGUUCAGCCAUCAUGGAAGACCCAGUAGCCGCCAAAUCACAGUACCUUCAAAUAGACUUCAUCAAAGUCAAAAGAAUCACGGCUAUCUUAACCCAGGGAUUAUUUCGUAACAGUACUGCGACGACGAAAUACUACCUCUACUAUGCAGUUGAUCUUAGUGCAUUCCAUAUUUUACGCUAUGGGCCAAAAAAAAUGGUAAGAGACAUUAAAAUCUUUUCUUUUUGCAGCGUCCUUCUGACUUAGUUUAUACUUUAAUGCAUUGAACUCUUUCUAAGUCGGACACCACAGCCAGGAUAGUGUCAGGACUUUGAUAGAGACUGACACACUCCAAGACAAGGUUGACAUGGAUAAUUAUUUACAUAAAUGUUCACGAUUUGCAACAAAGUUGAAAUAUAUGUUGCAGUUAAUUUUUUUUAUUUCAGGCAAUUUUUAUUCUUCCCUUGUUUCAAAUUUAUUAGCAUACUUACCACACCCAAAAACAAUCUAAAACAGCCUCUCAAUUUAGUUUUAAGGCUCAUUUAUUACUGACAGAAGAUAAGGGACACUAGGACACUUAGUCCCGGUUCUUACGGUGUCGUUUUAGAGCCUGUUAGACUUGUCAGCCUCGCUAUCUCCGCUUAGCAUUUACUUGUUUAACCUUUACAUAGAGCGACUUUCUGAGUCGCACCCCCACAAACUGAAAUAGAGUGAUUUGAUUGGUUUAUCGAACAGAUACAAACGCCCGUGGCUUUUGGUUUGUUAAGCGAACGCUCAGGUCGAAAAACGUCAUGUCCGAGAACUUUCUAGAAAUCAUUUGAUACUUCGGUUUGAUGUCAUGCUGCAACACGAUUGGCCAAUCGAACAAUGCCUUCUAUUUAUUAGGGUUUCUUUGGCGGGAAAGCGAAGAGUCCAUGUUUUGAUCUUCUCAUCCAUUGAUUGAUAAUUUAAAAAUAAAAUAACGAACACUUACCGAAAUCGUUUUUCAAGGUCAUACGAAAAUUGCUCUAACCCUUACAUAAACUCUUAUAUGUUUUGACCAGCUGUUACCGGGAAAUGAUGGCAUUUCUGAAGAUCGCACCAUCUGGUUUGAUCCUGCAAUUAACGCCCGCUACGUGCGUUUAAAUCCACAAGACUGGUUCAACAAACCUUGUUUACGAGUAGAAGCGUUUGGAUGUGAUGCACUGGGUAAGUGCAGAAGACGGCAACCAAAAGAAAUUAUCACUCAUUGGUAGCACGCACAUUCUCCACACUGUGACUAUUGCACUGAUAACGUGAUAGUUUUAACGAUUUUUUCAGACGCGCUUCUCAUCCGUUCACCAUUUUGUUGAAUACCGAGUACUCAAAAACUGCUAGGUUGGCACUACGUUGUCUUGCAUGACGUCAAUGAUGGUAUUUUUGCAUUAUACAGUCACUGAAAUCUCAUUGACUGACGUCAGUGAUGGUAUAAUUGGUCAGCGCCAGAUGGUUAAGAAGACAACAACCUGGGAACCAAAGCCGAUCAGAAACCCCUCAAACGGAGAAAUAUUCUGAAUGAAUACAAAUGAAUAAUAUUCUAAACAAGACAAAAAUAAGUCAACUUAUAUUUCUUUUAAACCUUUUCUAUAAACGAUCUUCCACGUAUACAUAAUUAAAAAUUAAUAUUAUAGUUAUUUACCUGAACGAUAGAGUAAGGUCAAAAUAAGUAAGCAAUUGUAUACUGAAGAAACGUAAUUUUGUUUAUAGAUUGUUUCCUUGAUAUGUAUUAUCAUUUUCAAUGUUAGAAUAUUUUCGAGGUAGCCCUUGGCUGUUUUAUAUUCUGACAUCAAACGAACCUAAUGCUUUCACUAUGCAGAAUGUUACUCCGCCCUUGGGAUGGAACAUGGCAUCAUACAGGACUUUCAGAUUUCGGCAUCACGUGAUACAGCUGCAAACGACAAAAACUGGGGCAGAUUAAACAGUGUUGGAUGGUGUGUAGAUAGUGGUCGUUUACAAUCCGCUUCUCCAGGAAUGGUACUGGAUCACUAUUUGGAGAUUGACUUCCUGGAACCACAUUUGAUCUACGGAGUAGCUACCCAAGGAAAGCAGCCACAAAAGCCAGACGAUCCAAAUGAAAGACCAGAAGCUGUCACCGCGUUCUAUUUAAAGUACAGUUUUAUGGGGAAUGAGUGGUUUAGGUACCACACGGUAUGAAUCCUUUACUUUGGUAUCUUUAAAGAAAAAAGACGGUUAAUUGUACUUGAAGGUGUGGACCUAGUUCUGAAUCUAUUUUACUUCUUGUUUCUUUUUAAUCUUAAUAACAGUUAUUGAGAGGUGAAUAUUAUGGGAAUUCAGUGAUUCAAUUCUGGCUGGACCCUCCUCUGAUGACAAGACUAAUUCGCUUUAAUCCACAAUCAUCCUCGUCUUCAUCGCAAAUCUGCAUGAGGGUCGAGGUUUAUGGUUGCCCCGAAAAAGGUAAGGAUGUCACCUUGAGAAUCUGAAUGAUCUUCCAAUAAGCUGCUUAUGUCAUAUUUAAUCAUUCAUAACUUUGUUCACAUUGGGUUUUUUUUCUCAGUCCCUUUUAAUCCUUUGUGGACGCGUGGAGUCGCCUUCCAGUCGUUCCAUAUGUAAGGAUGCAGAUUAUGCCUUUUGGUGAACCCAUUUAGCUUUCAGUUUUCAGUUUCGCACAGAGUAGUACUGUACUGUGCCCUUUAUUCACCUCGACGCUUGAUGAAAUGUGGUUGAAUGGGUUAAGUCCCGCUUAGAUGAUAAUGUCACGAUUAAUGAAAAAUGUCAGUCUUUGUUGCCAGUGCGCAUGUGACAAAUUUACCCUUACGAUUUGACAUUUAGGUCUCAUAGAAGUUGUAUUUUGGCUAUGUUACAGGAGGACAAGAUAAUACUGGAGGUGCUUUUCGUGCUAUUUCAGCUUGUUUACCUAUUUACCUGAUAUUUUAUUUUGUGCUUUUUAAACAGAUGUGAGAAAUCUUGAAAAAUACCAUGCUAUUGGUAUGGAGAGUUUUGGGAUCAGUGAUUCACAGUUGUCGUCAUCCUCACAAGCAAAUAAUUCACACUCUGCCACAUCUUCACGUUUGAAUCAUCACAUUGAGGGUGGAGCAUGGAUUCCAGAAAAAUCCGAUGGUUUACAGUACCUUCAGAUCGACUUAGAAUGGGUGAUGAUCCUGACCGGAAUAGCAACUCAAGGACAUCCGGAGCAGCAGUAUCGCACUUUAACCUACAAACUGAAGCAUUCAAUCAGCGGGGAUCAGGCUUUCACUGACUAUCCCCUGGUACGUAUAUAAAUACACUGUUUGUGUACUCUUUUUCUCGUAGUCCGUUACAUUUACCCUGCAUAAUUUACAACCUUCGCUAUUAGUCAUUUGUCUUCUUUAGAAAUAUCAGAGAGGUUGUUAUCAUUUCCAAGAGAGGAUUGUGCAUGACCGGGGAAGUCCAGUCCCUCGUCCCUGCUCACCAAUACAAUUGUGAGCGCACGGGCAUUGUCAUCACCGGGGUGUAGUAAACGACGCCGUAUAGCUAAGGAACACAUUUUGAGAAAAAGAAUCAUUUAAAUGUUUCAAUUAUACUCUUUAGGAAUUUGAUGGAAACGUUGUGGAAGGAUCAACAGUUUAUGAAUCUCUUACCUUUCUGAGAUGCCGUUUUGUGAGGAUAUUUCCCCAACAAUGGUCAGGAAAAGCAGCACUAAGAGUAGAACUUUAUGGAUAUGACGCCGGUAAAAAGACUGCAUCUAAAUUAAAACCUUUUUUAAGAAAAAUAGAGAAUUUUUCAACAGUACCACAAUAGACCAUAUUCUGAAAGUUAGCUUUAACUUUGUCAGUGUUCCAGCCAGAAAAUUCUGCUGCUUGAGGGCCAAAGUGGCCUCUACAACUCAUUUUUUGGGGGCCAGAUAUUUCAAGAGAGGGCCAAUGUACCAGUAUCUCUCUAAUAUGCAAAAGAGAAGAAACAGUUGGAAAGUUAAGGAAAUGAAAAUGACAGUUUAUUUGAAGCACAGAUGGGGCAUCCCUUUUUAUACACAAUAGAAAAAAUUAUCUUCGGUAAUAAAGCAAACAGUACGAUCAGAGUGUAUGCAAUAAAGAUAGUAAGUAAUUUUUUUCAGCUCAUUUUCCACUUCACCAUCAAGAUCUGCUUCCAUUCGCUUCUUCUGAACUGCUUCGCCUCCAACCACUUUUUCGUGACUUAUUGAGAGAAAACUUCUGAUAGACCUCGAAGAUGAGUUUGUCAGGUUUAUCCUUUUUUGAGACGCCAUGACCCAUGAGCUUCUGCGAUAUUUCAAAAGCCAAGUCGAGGCUCAUUGGUCUCCAGAUCACUCACGGUAAAUCAGGUAAACUCAAGAAGAUCCAUCGAUUGAUUUUCAUGUUCAUUGUUGUGUACAAAGGUACGGAGUCGUUGUUCUUUAGAUUAAAAAUUCUGUUUAAUUGGAAAAUUAUUGAGGCAAUUAAAAAGGGAAAGGGCCAUAAUGGCCCUUGAAUGCUUUUGGUGGGGGCCAUCUCUCGAUCUUUUGCGGGAUUCACGCAAUGGCGCACUCUGGCUGGAACACUGCUUUAUGCAUGUAUAGUUGAAGUUAAAACAUUAAGCAAUAGAGAGGAUGACAACAAUAAACAAAACUUAAACAACGACGGUGGCGACGGCAACAACAACGGCCAAGAGAAUCAGUAGGUUUAUAUUAGCAGAACGGCAACUUUGUAAGUACAUCACGCUUUUUUGUACAUUUACUGGCGUCUUUGCACGACUGAGACAUGAAACUUCCUAAUUUAUGGAGUUGGUGAACACAACGCAAAAAUUUUCUUCUUCUUUUUCUUAACUUAGAUACGGUCCUUUUGGAUUCAACCCCUUAAAAUUCGCCAACAUUUGACAUAUUAAAUGAAACUGAAUAUGAUCGAUGAAGUUUGCCGAAACAGCGGGAAUUCAGUUUUUAACUGACGUUUUCGAUUUGUUGUCAUCCAGAAAUUUUGCUACCAUGGUAACGUGACAUAAUGACUUGUUCUCUCUAUUAUUACCCUGGGUACCAGAGAUUUGUUCUCGCGUGUGACGCGGAGCUUCGUCGGCCGCAGGCCGACACGUCUUCGGCCUUCGGCCGAAGACACGACCGAAACCGGAAACCGCGCAUGAAAAGUCUCUGGCACCCAGGGUACUCUAUUAUUGGAUUUGGCUUUCGAAUGAUCUGCAUCUUCAGAUCAUGCAACAGCUAAUCCAGUUAUUGUUUAAUCGGUGUUAUGCUGCCUGUUCUUAGGAUAAUUCAGGAUAUAAAGGGACGAUUGGUGUUUAGAUAAUCAUCUAGCAGAUAUUCUUCUAGAAGUUACCAUCCGUCGGGUUUUAUUUUUGCUGUCUUGCAGUGUUUUUAGGCUGUACUUCGGAUAUUUCUUCUUUGGAAAACGUGUGAAAGUUUCCACCGUUUUCUUCAUCCCUCUUAAAUAGCUGAGCUAUCGCAACUUCGUUUUCAGGGCUUCUCGAUUGCUGUCACUUCUGUACUUUUGAGGUCAUUAGAUAUAUAGUAGGUAGGCAUGUACACGAUACCAGCUUAAGCGUUCUGUUACAACGUUUUUUCUAAGCCUGCUAUUGGAAGAUAGGACGUUAUUCACCAUCAGCCGGACCUACCGAGUACAAAGCUUCAUCCAAUGCAAAUCUUAGUCUUCCAGGAUACAGUCAUCUCCUUUCAGGGCUUGGAACUGGAGCAUGGUGUGCUGAGAUACAAGAUCUAAACCAAUAUCUUCAGGUGCAGUAUAGAAUGUCAACUGACCAAUCAAAAUGUUAGGUGUUUUCUCGCUCACCAGCAUGGUGGGCUAAGAUACAGGAUCUAGACCAAUAUCUUCAGGUGCAGCAUAGGAUAGCAACUCACCAAUCAAAAUGUUAGGUGUUUUCUCGCUCACCAGCAUGGCCUGCUGAGAGACCAAUAUCUUCAGGUGCAGUAUAGGAUAGUAACUGAUCAAUCAAAAGGUUAGGUGUUUUCUCGCUCACCAGCGUGGCGUGCUAAGAUACAGGAUCUAGACCAACAGCACCAAAAGCUUUAUUUGCAUGACCAUAAAGGAGUUACAGUAUUGCAAAAGCUAUUAGCCUAAAUUUAAGUAUUAAUUCAACUAAUUAGUACGUGCAAAGCAUUACAAAACGUUACAGUUCUCAUUCAUUCAUUCAUUGAUAUUAAUUUGGUUCUUAAUUCAAAGCAUUGCGAGAUAAAUGAAACUAAUUGACAGUUAAUUAAAUAAUCAGAAGAAUUCAUAAGAAGAGAUAUUAAAGUUUCGUGUGAAAGUGAUUUGAAGUCAGGUAUUUUAGUUUCUAGUUUGGAGAAAAAUAUGUCUCUGAUCUGAGAAUAAGCCUUGCAAUCUAGUAAGAAAUGAUUUUCAUCUUCGAUUUUGUUACUUGUACAAAAGUGACAUAUCCUUUCAUUGCGAGGAAUGUUUUCGUAUCUACUUGUUUCAAUUCUAAGUUGAUGACUACUUAUUCUAAAUCUAACUAAUGCUUUUCUCGAAGGGUUUUUUCUUUUUAAACCUAGGUACGGCGAGGGGCUAUAGUCGUCUUUGAUUGUACAAUAAAAACUGACUUUUGUGAUCGUUGAAGGGUCUGAUUCCUGUAAGAGACGUAUUUAUUUUUCAUUAGACCAAUAUAUUAGGUCUAAUAUAGGAUAGCAACUGAUCAAUCAAAACGCUAGGUGUUUUAAUGGCGUGCUAAGAUACAGGAUCUUGACUAAUAUCUUCAGGUGUGAUAAAAUAUUAGCAAUAUAGUUUAGCUACUAACCAAUCAAAAGGAGAGGUGUUUCCUCGCUCACCAGCAUGGUGUUCUGAGAUGCGGGAUCUAAAUCAUUAUCUUCAGGUGUGAUAAAACCGGUAUUAAUUAGCAGUAUAGGAUAGCUACUGACCAUUCAUCGAAAAAGGUAUUCCCUCGGCCACUAGUUCUAGUUUGUCCAAAGGUUACCGAACGGAUUUAGCUAGUUGACACAAGCUUCUAAAAGCAAAGUGGUGGAAUUCAAAAUAAAUCGGUAAUAAGGUGUUGAAUAUUCCUGCCAGGUUGAUCUGAGACAGGAAGUUGUCGUUACUGGAGUGGCAACGCAGGGACAGAAGUAUUUUGACAACUGGGUUUUGAACUUUACGCUGGCUUACAGUCAAGAUAGGCGUUCAUGGAAAGACUACAAUGGAGCAGAGUACGAUUCCAGACAGGUAUGGAUUUAUUAUAGCCGUAAAAGGUAGAAAACAAGGUAAAUAUACCUUUUUUGUUUUUCCCCGUCGUUUUUUUUAAAACAACUGUAGCUUAUUAGGUUUACUUCAAGUCUUUUAACUUGUUGCCGUGUACUUCGCACUCACGCGCGAGUUUAAAGACACGCACAGAGGCGGCGAGGGGGGGGGCGGUAAUUUUAGCAACAGAGCAGCAAUCAUGGCUGGCUUAAGUCAGGUUAUAAAAGAUAGACAAAUCAUUAUAGCAUGUUACAUACUACGGCACUCUUAAAGAUUUCCUCUCAGAUUGCUCAAGUUAUAAAUCGACAACAACAACUCUGUAAAGAAGUACCAUAACACUAGGAAAUUACUCUUGCUAUCUGAGACCUUAACAAUGAUUGCAACGCUUGCAUUACCAUGUACUUGUUUCCCAGGUAUUUUCAGGUAACCGAGACAGGGAUACAGCUGUUCUUAACUUUCUCUCACUACCUUUUGUAACACGGUAUUUGCGCUUUCAUCCACAAAGCUGGAAUAACAAGAUUUGCAUGAGAGUAGAAAUUUAUGGUUGCGCACCAGGUACAGUUUAUACAAAUUUCCUUUAAUGAUGUUUCUUCACCUAGUCAAAAGCUUCUUCUCUAGCUUGGUAGGUUUUUCUUCAUUCGGAGUAAUGUUUUCAAGGUUCUCGUUGCUUAGUUUAAGCUAAACAAAUCUGGAGAAAAACAAAACAAUAUAGCAGUAAGAACAAAGAAACGUGGAGUGGAGGGUGUUUCUUCAAGUUCGAACAAGAUCGUCUUGUGGAUGGAAACUAACUUAAUCCGGUUUAAGUUGAUUUCUUCAAAAGCUUAUUAAUUGGGGCUACUUUUUUAAAACUACAAAUUAUCAAAAUAAAAUCAUAUGGUAAAGGUUAUUUGAACCACAUUUUUUUAAAGUCUGUCUCUUACUCUUCUUUUAUCGAUUAAUCUUAGUUUAGUUGGCCUUUUUCAGGAAGAAUCGGUGAAGCGCUAACUGAUUACUCACAAUGUUAGUGUGCUUCUUCAUCAUCAUCAUCAUCAAUCUUUAUUUAUACACGAAAUCGUAUCAUUUUACAUGGUCUUCCUAGGAAUCGUGCUUAAAACUAGACUAAAAUACACUAAGGAACUAUUGACUAUAAUGUUAAAAAUACAAAAACUUACAUUAUUAAUAAUAAGAGUUACAACGGGUCAUGGUGUAUUAAAAUAAUCUUUCCCAUGAAUUGAAGUUUUGAAAACAUUUAAACUAGGCAGUUUUCUAAUCUCUGAGGGAAUCUUGUUCCACAGAGCAGAUCCUCUGUAGUGUAGGCUCCCUUUUGCAGACUCGGUUCUGGGAUCUGGGGACAUAAAAAUUUAACUCAGAAUUUCUAAGAUUGUGUGAAUGUACAUUUGAGGUGUUGGUAAAGAUCCGCCUCAGAUACGACGGGGAAAGAUUAUUAUAGACUUUAUACAUUGUCCCAGCCAACUGUUUAAGUCUUACAUAUUUUUCUUCUUUAAUUUCAGCUCUAUCGGGUUGUGUCGAUUGUAGUUUUUUUGCUAGAUGCCUUACUCUCGAGGAUAAUGAGCCUACAAUAUGUAUUUGUAAUCCUGGGUACAUUGGAGAUGGCAAAACUUGCCAAGGUAAAUGACUUGUGAUGGAAAGAGUUGUUUAACUGACAUGUUUUAGAGCAUAGAAACGGUCGAAAUUUUUUUUUCUCUAGGAUCUCUUGGAUCCCUAUGACGUCACAGCAAAAAGUCAGACGCUGUAAACAACUGAAUGAGCGUUAAAAAUAGUGUUUAUAAACACUUCUGUUGCAAUGUUUUUACUCUGUCAAUAUUCCUGGAAAGGUGGCGAAAGUGGUUCGCUUCUUCCUCGAGUUAUAUAUUUUUUAGUUCUUACACGGACCAUUACUUAAGGCAAUAAGCAAGGGUCAUUGGAGAGGGUUAUGCUUUAUUUUAUUUUAUCACUUAAAAUGGUCAUUAACAACCCAACAGAAAGAUCGACAUGAAAUCAAUGAAGUUUUAAAAUUUUAGGCUCAGUGGCCUGUAAGUCUGCACAACACCCAUUGAUUACUGAGUAUGGACGACAGAAAGACAAAAUGAGCUAGACUGUCUUUCUGGUCAGCAUUUUAGUGUAUUGUGUGAAUAUCUGCGCUAAUACACCUUGUGUCUGAAUCACACAAUUAGACCGAAAUGAAUGUUCAAGUCCAAUCUAUCCUUGUGACAAGAAUUCUGAUUGUGUAAACACGUUGGGAAGUUAUACCUGUAAAUGCAGAUUUGGAUAUGCUGAAAAAAACUCCGUUUGCACAGGUAAGGCAUUUAAUUCAUGCAACAACAAACAACAACAACAACAACAACAACACUUUAUUUCACCCCAUAAUAUACAAGAAAUAAAAAUUUAUAACAGUAGUACAGACGAUGAUAGGGGCGCUGGCUGCCCGAAAUAACCUAAGAGUUAAAAAUGCCAGUCAGCCAGUUAAAAGAAAAGAUGUUUAAAUGUUUAGGUCAGGGACACAAUAACAAAGAAAACAGAGAAACACACACAAAUAGUUAAGUAAACUACCAGUAUAUAAAGAGACUAAAAUUCAUACAUUGCAAAACAGUAUUAUUUCCAUUUUAAAGUUAGCCAGGAAAUGUACAGAUGUCUAGUAAUCUUUGAUAAAGUGCUGUUUCAUUUCCUUUUUAAACAAAGACAAUGAAGAUAAUUUGAUAUCUUCAUCAAUGGAAUUCCAUACUGAUGGACCUUGAAAUCUGAUAUUGAAUAUACCAUAAUUUGUUCUUGCUUUUGGAAGAUAAUAAGACUGUUUUGCACCAAGCUGUUUUGCAACAAUCGCUUUCAACAGUUUAACCGCUGAAUGAUCGUAGGAGUCACGUUUGUUAGUUCUAGUUUUCUUUAUGAGGGUGUACCGUUAAAAUAAAUUUGAAGUUGACUAGUGCGACACCAAAUACGCGAAAAGACCCAUAUUAAAAUUAUCUUAAUCACCUCUAGUUAUAUAUGUAUACAAUUAUUUUGUCUUUCUUGUUCUUUUUCCGUUUGUUUGACGCUUCUGGCCGUUUUCCCACCCAACUUUUUAAACUUUAUUUACAACGUCCACAAAUAUAAGGAUCACCCUUUGUAAGGGAAUCCAAGACACUCUUGGACUCUGGAUUCCACGUCUUGGAUUCCGGAUUCCAGGUACUGGAUUCUGGAAUCUUUGUCAGUGGAACUUGGAUUCUGGAUUCCAAUCGUUAGUAGGAUUCCGGAUUCCUUGAAAUGUAUUCCGGAUUCCAAAGCCCAGGAUUCCGGAUUCCACAGGCAAAAAUUCGCUGGAUUACGGAUUCCACGACAAACAUUUUCCAUGGUCAGCUUAUCAACGUUGAUUUUUCUGAAAUCUGGAAGAUGGAGAACGGGCUUUUUUGUUGUACUUCUUCCCAUCGUGCUCUGUUUUAACGUUUGUGUUUAGCCUGAAAUGUGCAUAACUUCCUGUAGGUCAUUUAUCUUAUCUUAUCUGCUCUAUUUACUAAUUCAUUAAAUCAAACGGCCGUCUUUUCCCCUAGAUAUUGAUGAAUGCAGUAAUCCAAAGAGUUGUCCAUCUUACACUACAUGCAUAAACCAAGAUGGAACAUACAAAUGCGAUUGCCGCCAGAAUGGUGUGCAGUUCGAUGAAACUAAACUCCCAGGACACGCAUGUGUUGGUAAAAUUUUUUUUCACUUCAAUUCAAAUAGAGACGCCACUGAACCCUAAGGCGUGUCCAAUUUAUACAGUAGAUACAAACGACAAAAAAAUUCCCUCAUGAUACGACUUGUUCUUUUUGCAAAUAACAGUUUUUACUAAAAACUGCAUGAAUCAUUGGAUAAUGCAAUUCUAGAGCUCUGAUUGGCUUAGCCGUCAUCGUAUAUGAGCCAUUAUACCAUGCUCUACAAAUAUGGUAACUGUACGCGUCUGCUCAAGAUUAAAAACAAGCUGAAAAUCGGUUAUUUUUACAAAUAAAGUCGGGAAGAAUUCUCGAUAUUUUGUGGGCGUUUUCAGUUAUUCCACUCGCGCUUGUUGGAUAUGAGAUGAUUAUAGCCAACGAGGCACGUAACGCCGAGUUGGCUAUCUACCAUCUCAAAUCCAACGGGCACUCGUGGAAUAAUGGUUAAAUAUCGGGUGCGCAUAAUUCACCCUUUUGCAGCCUACGAUCUGAGUUGUUACGGGAGCCAUACACAGACCUUCAUUACCCAUUGGGCGAUAAAAAUGCGAAAGGACGAAUAAAAGUUGAUCGGUAUCAUGUUCUACAUUUAGGUUAACGGAUCAGUUUCAACGUGUCUUGGCUAGAUCAUUUAUUUUUUAAUUCAUGUACUCUAAGUUAGUUGUGAUUGGUUGACUUAAAUUUUAAUCAAAAGGCGUUUAUUGGUCGACUCGUUUUGAUCAAGCAAUCUGGUUGGCUCUGCAACUUUACAUUCUCUUUGCCAAGUAAUAGUGGAAUAAAUCAUGGUCAAUGUUUCUAGUCAUAAUGAAGAUACUGAAUAUUUGACUUUUUCCCUUGGCUUUCAGACAUAAAUGAAUGUUGGACAGGUCCUUUUCCGUGCCACCGUCUUGCAAGGUGUGAGAACACCCAUGGGUCAUACAAAUGUUUCUGCCCUCAGGGAUACACUGGCAGUGGAAGAGUAACUUGUGUUGGUAUGCCUGUGCUAUGACUAAGACUCAUUUCUAGAAGCUCUUUGUAUUCGGCAAUAUUAAGACUAAUCAUUUUAAAACUUAACAUUUCCUCCUUAAAUAUUAAGCUACCUGGAAAUUUGUUCUCCUUAGCUUCUCUUAAAUUUGGAAAAUUCGCAUGCAAAUGAUUAUCACAGACGAAACACAGUGUUUGUAAUUCGACGAAAUCAGUCUCGGAAUGAUCUGUGGAUUAAGAAUCGAGGCGCCAGCGGCAUCCAAGUUCAGUCUUAAGGUCGCCGGAAUUCGAGCUGAGUCUGCAUGUUGAAUGAAACACUAUGCAGAGUGUUUGUUAUGGCUUCCCAAAUAUGGAAAUUAAACAAUAGUUCCGUAUAACGAAAUUUCCAAGUCGAUUCACAGCUAACAAAGCACAAAAAUUUAACAAUAAUUUUAAAAACAUCACCACAACUACAUAACAGAAAAAAAACUAGUGCACUUUAUUGAGUGUCAAUGUAUUUAGCAUGAAAGUACUAAUUGGGGAUACUAUUUUUACGUUUCCUUCGGGAGACGGGACCGCCAUUUUAAGUGAUCAACCGAGCCACGCGAAGGUCAAGCCAUUUGCAGGGCAAAAGCAGUACCUUCAUUUUUCAGUCAUUUUAAGACCCUGUGUGUUGGUCCGGCCACGGGAAUCGAACCCGCCAUCUCCUGCUCUUCAGUCAAACGCUCUACCGACUCAGGUAAUCCUUGUAAUUUCAGAUGUAAAUGAGUGUAAAAAGGAACCCAGCCCGUGUUAUCAUGAAGAAAAUACUUUUUGUGUAAACACGAAAGGAUCAUAUCACUGUAAAUGUAAAACAGGCUUUUCUCGAAAGGAUAACAAGUGUGUCGGUGAGUAUGGUAUUUUUUCAAGUUUUUCCCUUUUGAUUCCUUCCUGUGCUCGAACAAAAAGUUUAUGGCUGGGGGAUUUUAUUUUUUUCUUAAAGUAAAGGAAUGUAACCGGUUAGGGUUAGGUUGGCCAUAAUUACAAAAAGAGAGAACUUUUUUAAUCAGUUAAAACUGAAUCUUAAAACAGUACAAAUCACGGAUAAAAAACGACGUUUCGACCGAUCUUCGGUCAUUUUCAAGUAAGUAAAAGAGUUAAAAGAAUUAGCAUAUAUAUAUGUGUAAGGUGUAAAAAUGUUAAGAACUACAAAACGUGUUUGAAAAUCAGUGAUAAAAGAGUGAAGUAAAGCAUGCAGAAAAAAAAACAACAAUAGAAUCUAAUUAAAGGGCUAUUUCAAAACUUUUGCACGAUGUGAGUCUGAUUGUACAUUGAGAUGCACUAGAAUUAGUUCCCUUCUAUGUUGAUUGCACAGGUGACGAAGUCACGGGCAUAAUAACGUUAAAAAAUGGCAGCCAAGUCAGUACAAUUAUUUUUUUCCACAGAUGGAACACUCUCAUUUCCUUUGGCGUUUUGUACAAGCUCUUCAUUAGCCAGUCUAGCCUGAUCACAACGCCACCACUGGUUUACCCGUGGAAUGACGUCUGAGAAACAAGCGCAGAAAUUCCAUACCGAAGACCAUCCCUACGCAGAUCUGGGUAGUGCUUCUGAUUGGUCGUGCCACGUGGGAAAUUUACUUCAAUUAAUAAGAAGCCUUGACACGUAAUCCGUUUCUCAUACGUCAUUUCACGCGUGGCGGCGUUUGUAAAUGCCAGCUGUGUUGUCAGGCUAGAGCUACUCAUUAUAGAUGUAUUUUCUCCGGGGGGGUGGGGGUUUGGUAACUUAAGGAAUUUCUGGGUGGGAAUUGUGCCGCUGGGGCCCUGGAACCCUUAACCUAUACCAGAGCUAGUUCAGCUGAAUUUUGCUACCCUAUACUAGAGUAAACUCCUCAAAUCCCCCCUAUCCUAGAGUACCUGUUUCCCUAGUCUAGAUAAAAUCUUCAACCAACUGAUCAGUUUCCUGACAAAUGAUACCCUCUUCUAGACCCAAACGCUCUGAUUUACAUACCCUAUCCUAGAGUAGACUGCUUGAAAACCAUACCCUUCACAGCGGCACAUACCUAUAUAGCCCAUAUAUGGCAGUACCCCCCCCCCCCCUCCGGGGGUAUUUUCACAAUGUAAAAAUGAUGAUGAGAACCGCGCGCUUUUGGUAUUACCUUCAGAUGAUGACGAAUGCAGUAGUGGUUCAGUUGAAUGUCAAUUGCACAGUGACUGUGUCAACACUAUUGGAUCUUACAUAUGCAAGUGUAGACAAGGAUUCCUUAGAAAUGGACCAUACUGUAUUGGUAAGCCCUGCAUGAUUACCACCGUGAACUGUUCCACUCUAUUCUCAACCUUUGCAUAAUUUUACCUCUCGAGGUGAAUCAUAACGCAGGAAAGAGAAAAAAACUAAAUAUUCUUUAAUGUAACUGAUACUGCGUAAACUUAAGCAGUUUAGAGAAGCAAAUCAGUAACUUGUAAAUGCUGUUCAAUAGGAUACUUUUUAAGAGUCAAUAAGAGGAAUGACGGACGUAUGGAGUAUUUGAAGAGGCAAGACCAUGGUAUUGGUUAAGACUUCACUAUUGACCAAUACGUUUUUCCAAUAAAAGCCCUGCCCUAUCUAGUAACACCAUACAUGACAAGCAAGAGACAUUAAAAUCUUCAAAGAGUUUGUUUAUUCUUCUUUCUUUCCAGAUUUCAAUGAAUGUUAUAGUGAUCAUGAUAAGUGUGACGUCAAUGCAUUGUGCACUAACACCGCGGGCUCAUACAAAUGCUUCUGCAAAGAAGGUUAUCAUGAGAAUGGAAACAGUUGUAUAAAGUAA